GUUGCAAAGACGUUAGGCGCGUGGAGAUCCUGUUUGCGGUCUAGUGUGACUGUUUGCUUGUGGCGAUGGAAGGAUAUCAGUAGCGACUACGCGGCAGUCAGUAGUUCCAUCGAGUCCACAAUCACCAUUUGACGACCGCGACGAGCCAACCAAUCUUAAACCAAUAUAGAAAAAAAAAGGCUGAAUCCGAACGGAGGAGUAGGAGGAGACAGGAUCACUCGCGCCGGUUGGCAAAAAGAAAACUCGCCAAAAUUGUUCAAUAACUUACGGUUCGGCUGCGUCGAGCAAAAGUCAGGGAAAUAUUUUGUGAACGUACGGAGGUCGGAAAAUUUAGUAUCGCGUGGAAGUUAUCCCUACUUGGUUUCGUUUUUGGUGACGGUUCAGCAGCUGGAAACAUGCUUUUUUGUAGCGUUCGAGUGUAAACGUCCUACCUCCAGAAAACAAAUGGGAUGUCCAUAAUGAAAUUCAAAGUUCGAUUUUUUAUUAGCCGUUAGCUUACGCCCGUUUUCAAAUCCUCUGAGUAUCUUGCUAUCGUUGUUCUUGCGUGACUAACGCCGUGACUAUAGUGUAGUGAAUAAAGUAGGGUAUUGAUAAUUUAUAAAUGGAUUUCCCGGUGGGGUCUCUGUGAUUGCUUGUGGAAGUUUCGUGGUUCAGUGCACCUAAGAAUAGCUAUCCGAGGGAGGAAAUUGCUGAUAAUUUAAUUGUGUCUGUGUGAAUGCGUGCUUGAUCGUAAAAGUUCUUAAUUCAAUUUAAUAAAUAAGUACCUAGGCACAGUGAAGCGAAACGGGCAUCAAUGAAGGUGAUAAAGGCAUAACACCCGGCGUACGUGCGGCAAUUUCCUUCCAUUGCCGUUUUUCACAGCUUCUUCCGACGUGGAUAAAAGAAGAUAAAGUGUGUUCCUCCCGAGUGGAUGCGAAGGGACCCAGAUCGCUGUUGGUGAGCAACAGCAAAAAUGAUAAAACGUGGUGUUUUGUGAUAUCGAAAUUCUAAAUCAAAAGGCAAAUUUUCGGCAGGAGAGGUUCAACUGGGUCCGUGGCGGGUGCGCGAGUGAGAAGAUUAACGUCGAGAUAAAGUGCAACGAGCGGUAGAGUGAACAUUUUUCUAAGCGGCAAUCAAAAUGUACGGAGAGUACACGGAUCGAAGAAACAACGAACGCGAGGCAGCGAUGGCAGGCAGCAAGUUUAUGGUUUCACAUCUGCAGCGCCACAACAACCAACACCAGCCGCAUCCUUUGGAGCCUAUAGAACCCCAUCACUAUCCCGUAACGCAACGAAUUCCCCCGGCCCGAUCCGGCAAACACGGAAAACAUUCGGGGCUUGGUGCCAACUCCCACGACUAUCCUCCCAGCGGGUACAACAACUACUACUCCAGUCAACAGCCUCGGCCGACACCGAAAGCACUCGAUUACCAGAAACAGUUGCUGAACAACCAUACCGGCCCGAUUGGGAUUCUGAAAAACAACACCAACAGCAGCAACGUUGGUGCUGGUGGCUCCACCCACUCCAAGCGGCGUCCACUCAUCUACGAUCUGAAACAGUAUGAAUAUUUCAACAACACAACGUCCUACAAGUAUCCCCCUCAACCUUCAAGCGUCAAAAACACCAACAGUGUGCUCCAGCAGCACUACAGUGGCCAGAACUAUAACAUCAAUUAUAAUUUGAAUUUUACAAAAAAUCAAUAUAACAUACUUAUAUCGCCGCCAACAACGACAACGACGCCCGGCCUGACAUCCGGUGCCGGUGCAGUGCCACCAUACGACGAGAACAAUCACUACAACAGCCACUACCAGUAUCAGAACAACGUCAGUAGAAACUACAAGAACAACUACCAUACCGCGGCUAGUAGCGCCGCCAAUCAUCACCCCCAUCAUCCCAAUCUCUACAACAACUACAAUCAGUAUAUUAGCAGUCAACAGCAGCAGCACCACCAUCAAAACAAAUCGUCCUCCUAUCUGGACGAGAAGCCUCCGCUCCUGGACGUCGCCAACACAGGCGACUACUGCGGUGGCAAGAUGCAACGCGAAGAGAUUAUUAUCGAACACAGUCAGCUGGUUGGAGAUGGAAGCGGACCAGGUGCUGUCAUUCAUCCUGCUGGUGCACAGCCCGCUGGACGGGAACCGUGCGGCCCGGGAGGACAGCCAUUACUACGCGGCAAAGGUGGUGGCGGCGGCAAGCUAACGGCCAUCAACCGGACGCACCAUUUCACGCAGAUAAUCGCAGCGCUUGCAGUAUCAAUCGGGCCGCUGGCGGCCGGACUGGGGAAGGGCUAUCCGAGUCCCGCCAUCGCAAGCCUCCAGGAGCUACAACUGCGCCAACGAGGCAACUAUACGGCCUUCUCUGUCAACGACCAGCAAGCAAGCUGGAUUGCAAGUCUUUCACUCCUAGGUGCUCUCUUCGGUGGCAUGUUCGGUGGGGUCGCCAUGCAGUACGGCCGGAAGCGGGUGCUAGCGUUGAUGUCGUUGCCAUUUUCACUUUCCUGGAUCCUGACGGUGUUCGCCAAAUCGGUGGAAACGAUGUUCUUCACCGCCUUCGUCGGGGGAUUCUGCUGCGCCAUCGUGUCAACCGUGACCCAGGUUUACAUCAGUGAGAUUUCCUCACCGGACAUCCGCGGGUUUCUCAGUGCCAUUCAGAAGAUUGCCGGCCACCUGGGGAUGUUGAUUUCGUACAUGCUUGGCGCGUAUCUGGACUGGCGACAGCUGGCAAUGCUGGUAUCGGCCGCACCGAUAAUGCUCUUCAUAUCUGUGAUCUAUAUACCGGAAACGCCGAGCUUUUUAGUGUUAAGAGGCUGCGAUGAGGAAGCUCAUCGCUCACUUCAAUGGCUUCGGGGUCCACACAAAAACGUAGAGAUAGAGCUCGACACAAUCCGUUCGAACGUACGUACAUCGAGAAUCAAUAUGCUGAACCGGAUGUCGACGGUGGCCAGCGCCACCUCGGUUCCGAACGGCACAAGUCAACAGCUUCCAACGCACCAGCAGCAUGAACAACAGCAACGGCAGGGCAAUCGCGUCAACGCCCGUCUGUCGCAGAUUGUUCGGUCAUGCCAACUGCCGCGUAUUUCGUUCGCUGCUAUAGUGUCCAACGUGAAAGCCGUCAUGCGCAACGCUCGCUUGGUGAAACCCGUCUCCAUCACCUGUGGCCUUAUGAUCUUUCAACGAUUCACCGGUGCCAACUCGUUCAACUUCUACGCCGUGACUAUCUUCAGCAAAACGUUCGCCGGCAUGAACCCACACGGAGCGGCCAUCGCAGUAGGCUUCGUGCAGCUCCUCGCUUCGAUGCUAUCCGGUUUGCUCAUCGACACAGUAGGCCGCAUACCGUUGCUCAUAGUAAGCAGCGUGUUCAUGUCGCUCGCUUUGGCUAGCUUUGGUUCGUUCGUGUAUUAUGGACAGACGAACAAAAUGCUUGCUGCCGCCAGCUUCGAUCUGGAUGCGCAGGCGGGAAACAACGAUUGGAUACCACUGUUGUGUGUUCUUGUGUUCACCGUAGCGUUUUCGUUGGGCAUUUCGCCGAUUUCGUGGCUUCUGAUUGGAGAGUUGUUCCCUCUGGAAUACCGAGGAAUUGGCAGCUCGAUAGCCACCAGCUUCAGCUAUUUCUGCGCCUUCCUCGGUGUGAAGACUUUUAUGGAUUUUCAGGCGGCAUUCGGAUUGCACGGCACGUUCUGGCUGUACGCGUGCAUAUCCUGCGUUGGGCUGUUCUUCGUCAUCAUGGUCGUGCCGGAGACCAAGGGACGCGACCUGGAGGAGAUGGAUCCGAAGUACGUGCGAACCCUCACGAUAAAUCGAUGAGACAUGGGAACGCACGUAGAGUAUCUAGUAUAGUAUUUAAUGGGCCCUCGCGCGCAAUGCUUACCCCCGUACUACGUUGUUUAUAGAGAGUUCGCUUGGUAGGAGUCAGCUUUUACGCUGUUGCAUGUUUGACUUAAACGGUGCGUUCGCAAUGUUACUUAAAUCAGAUUUAAGUGCAAUCUAAACUUAUUAGAAAGGAGCAGCUAUUGGAUGAACGAGUUAUCAAUGACUGAUGGAAGUUGUGAAACGAUAUUUAAAUGUUCCUAAGAUACAAGCACUGGAAAUUAGUGCUUCAAGGUAAUAGUUAUUGUUAUAUUCUAGAAAAACGCGAAUGUGGCUUAUGAUUUAUGUUUAUGAUUUUAGAAAAAAAAAGUGGCAGAAUAAGUGAGUGUUUGUAAAUAAAACUGAAAGCCAAGGGACAGCCGUACUUAGAAAUACAGAUUUUUUUUAAUACAAGAUAACUUAUUCUAGCGCAGCGAAUGAAUGGAUGAGAGAAGCAAGUAAGGUUUGCGCUUGAUGAACAAGGGAAUUCUUCUGUUCGAUAAUUCAUCUUUCGUUCUCGACAGUCGACAAACUAUAGGAAGGAAUACACACACUUGUAAAUAUAGGUCCGUUAAACGCACAAAGGAGUAUUGAUAACACGAGUAGAGCAUAACCGCGCGAAGAAAAUCGCAGCUAUUCAUCCGUAAAGCGAAUCGGUUGAAGGCUAUUUCUAUGAUCCCAUGACGCUUUUCACGUGCGCUGUUGUAAUAAUGCUUUUGUUUAAAAGAGCAGUUGGAGAUUCAGUUCAAAAAGACCAAUCUAGUAAUACAAUUGAUUCUCAUGUUUUUUUUUCUUCGUUCGAUUCAGAUGAAUGAUGAUAUUUACUAUUGAUAUUGGGUUAGCAUAUUUAAUUUGUUUUGAAAAUCACUGUUUAAACUGUGUAAAACUUUUUUGGAUUUAUCAAAUCAUUUAAAAACUUAAAAUCGCCAGUGGUCCCAAUACUAUUUUAAUGAAUCCAACAUACCGCUGAAAAAAAAAAGAUUUUCACUGUUGUGUAUCCAGUUUAACAUUAUUACAUUACAUGGGAGGCUAGUCCACUGCACUCUUACACUCCGGACUAGAAUAAUCAUGGAUUAAAUGACUAGAUAAAAGACUUAGUCCUAUCUCGGAAGAAAUGACCAAUUAACCACAUGAUUAUUACAGCGUGAAUUAAACGUUUUGAAAAUGAAAAUUGGCCGUAUCGGACUAUGUGCUCAAAAGUUAUGGCCAAAAUACUGUUUUUAUAACACACGAGAAAGGCUCCAUCACCGCUUGGUGGAUUAAUCUGGGUUUUUAACGAAUUUUUCGCGGUUUUAUGGUUGCUCAUAUACCACAGAUAGAGGAGGUAUAUGGAGGUAUGAAGUAUGCAGGAUCAGAGAUGUCCUACACAGUUGGCAAACAAUCUGCUCUUUUAUUUUUCACAAUUUCUAACAAUCAAAUAAAAUUCAUUCAUUAAGUGCAACUAAUAGAUGGAUUUUUGAGUUUUCUAAAUGUCACUUCGUGGUUGAGAUUUAUCAGUGGUUAAGAUUUAUCUGAGCUACUUGCAUGACCAAGCCCGUCUGGAGGCCGGACAGGCCUGCCCACCGGAUGGGUGUUUGUUGUCUGUUCCAAGACCACAGAUCAAACACCUCGGUGUGGUCUGGCAGGUGUGAGACUUGUGACCUUCAGCUCCACACCUCCAGCAAAGCCGACUCCGAUCAGGACCUUUGCAGUCAUAUGACUUAUGUCCGUAACCGAAGCACUUGAAGCAGGCCUCCCAAGCAACACAAGUCUAAUGAAACUAGUUUCAGCAACCUGAUUGUGACUAAACCGCAACCGAAUCGCGGUAUCCUGGAUUUCAACGCCAUACUGAUCUCUCAGUGCAGCCAUCAGUUCACCGGCUUCGGUAAUUUCGUCCAGGCCACGACAUUAGAUUACUUCCACUGGGCAUAGGGCUUUUACCUGAACCGCAUCACCCACCACCUCUUUCGCCAACUUUUUAUACGCGGAACUUUUCCGCGCAGCAUCCCGCUGUAGGACGAGGAUCAUCUCACCCCUCUGCGUUCUACAGAUACAUUUGACAUCAUCCCCCAGGACAGUAAAUUUUUUUUAUCGUCCCGCAAAGCCUUCAGGACGUCAGCAUAGCUUUUACCAUCAGCCUUGACAAUAAUUGCUUCGCCUAUG